GUAUGGCUCUGGCCAAGAAAAACCAGCUGUACAGCAACCAUGUGACAGCGUGGAAUGAGGUGUGGAAGAAAGGAAGGAUAGAUGUCUCAGACAACAAAGGUCUGGCCAAGUCUGUCUACGGCUGCCUCUACUACAUCCUCAGCUCCUUGCCUCUGAAGGAAGACACUAACUGGCCUUUUAUAGGACUGAGUCCGGGAGAUCUGGCACACGGCGCGUACAAGAAGGACUAUGAAGGCCAUGUGUUCUGGGACCAGGAGACCUGGAUGUACCCUCCUAUACAGAUGUUCUUCCCUGACCUGGCUAAGAUCAUGUUAAAGACCAGGACUAGAACUCUAGAUGCAGCCAGGCAUAACGCCAUACAGAAACGUCUGAAAGGAGCCAAGUAUCCGUGGGAGAGUGCCUUCACAGGUGCAGAGACCAGCCCCAGCAAUGAUACAGCCACAUAUGAGAUCCACAUUAAUGGAGACAUCUCCCUCGCUGUCCGCCAAUAUCUGUACUCUACUUGGGAUGUUGAUUUCCUGAAGAACGAGAAAGGCUUUGAUAUGGUACUCGGUAUUGCUGAUUUCUGGGAGUCACGGUCCGUUGUUGGAAAGGGAGGAAAACUGGAAAUACACAGUGUGGAUGGCCCUGAUGAAUACCACUUCAAUGUGAACAACUCAGUGUACACUAACUAUGUAGCCAAGAUCA